AUGAAUGCAACUGCUACCAUUAGUGGUAAGAGUAGUUUAAUUUCGUCAAAUCAUGAAAAUUCGAUACUUGAAAAUUUAUUUGGAUAUGUGGGAACAACGUUUUUCUCAAUGGAAUUACUACCUCAGGUCUAUAAAAAUUGGAAAGGAAAAAACACGAAAGGGCUUUCAGCGACAACAUUUCUGCUAUGGGUAAUCUCAUCAUUUUUAUUUGGAACUUACACCAUCGGCGUUUCUCUUUCAAUUCCAAUAAUACUACAACCUCAAGUGUCUGGUUUACUGUGUUUGGUAUGUCUCAUGCAAUGUCGUUAUUAUAGUAGUAAUAACUAUUAUAGAUGCGGUCAUCAAAAAGAUAAUGAAGAAGAGAUCAAUAUCGGAGAAAAAAUAGUUGAAAGAGAAAAUAAUGAUCAAUUUGAACAAAAUGAACAAAAGCAAACUUCUACAACUACAUCUAUAUCUGAUAAUGAAAGGAGGUUAAAAUCACGUAACCUUCGGAUUAAAUGCAUCGUUGAAUUUUCAUUUUGGAUAGCAUUAUUCACGGUAGUUCAAACGGGUGGUGUAUUAUGGAUAAAGAGAGCACAUGAAAAAAAUAUUUCAUGGCCUGAAGAUACUUUAGUGAUUCUUUCAACGGUGCUCACAUUUAUCGCCUUUUUACCACAAUUCUAUGUAAUCUUUCGCGACAAAUGGUUAAUGGUAUUUCUUUUAUUUCCUCCGUUAUUUCAAGGCUUCGCUAUUCGAAUUACUAAGUUUGGUUUAGCAUUUGCGCCUCCACCAUUCAACGUUCUCGCGUCAGUAGUUUAUAUUUAUGAUUUCAUGUCGCAAUUGUCGAUUAUUCUGCUGUAUUAUUUUUUUACAUGGUGGAACUCACGUAAAAAUAAAGAAGAACAGACUUCAUGA